AUUUAAUAACCAAACACUCAAAAAUCAAACCAUUACCAAAAAUUCCAAAAUCAAAUACACGCAGAAUUUGAAGAACAAGAAGAAGAGAAGAUUAAGGAUUUUUUCAUAGCGAUCGAAACCCCAAAUGAUUUCUCAUAUGGUUUCCCUGUGACAGCUUCUUCUUCAAUCAAUCCAUUCUCCUCCGCCGCCUGGUUCAUCUUUUUCCGGCGAUCUCCACCGCGAUCAGAAAUAAAUCCACUCACCGGCGAUCAUGCAGCCCUGUAGCAGAGAAAUGCAAGGCUUGAACUCUCUGUUGAACCACUCCCAAAUCUCCCUUCAGGAUCUCCACAACGACCACCACAAUCACUUGAACCCGGCGGCGGCGCCGCCACAGAUCCCGCCGUCUCACCUUCACCAUUUCGAUCCUGCCACCUCCCACGACGAUUUCCUCGAGCAAAUGCUCAAUACUAUCCCCUCCUGUUCGUGGCCCGACAUGAAUCCUCCAAACCCUAAAUCCCCCUGGGACCUAAACCCUAUCAAUAAGCCUAGAGAACUCUCCGACGACGCCCUCCACUUGGACCACGACUCCGCCGCCCUCGCCUCCAAGCUCCGGAGCCACCAGAUCAGCGGCAACUCUGCGGCCGCUAAGGCAGCCGUCAUGCUCCAGCAACAGCUUCUCUUGAACAGAGGGAUGACCGCCGGAAAUGGCGUCGCCGACCACGGCCUCCCUCCCAUGCCUCUCUCGCUCGGGAAUGGCGAUUUGGAUCGCUCUCAAAACGACGUCGUCGACGGAUCCUGCUUCCGGCCACCGAACUCGGGAGGUUCUAUGCAAUCGCAUAGUUUCGGAGCCCCGGGAAACGGGAUGAACCAAGCUCCGGCGAGUGGUUCCGUCGGAGUUUCUCCAUCGCAGCCGAAGCAGAAGGUCAGAGCUCGUAGAGGCCAAGCCACUGACCCCCACAGUAUCGCCGAAAGGCUUCGAAGAGAGAGAAUUGCAGAGAGAAUGAAAGCCCUGCAAGAACUCGUUCCCAAUGCCAAUAAGACAGACAAGGCUUCAAUGCUGGAUGAGAUCAUCGACUACGUUAAGUUCCUCCAGCUUCAAGUCAAGGUUCUGAGCAUGAGCAGGUUGGGGGGCGCGGCUGCUGUUGCUCCACUUGUUGCUGACGUCUCCUCUGAGGGGGGCGGUGAGUGUAUGCAAGGAAGUGGGGCCCAGGGGGGCCGGAGUUCGAACGGCGGGAACCAAACGGCGUCGUCGAACGACAGCAUGACGGUGACGGAGCAGCAGGUGGCAAAGCUGAUGGAGAAGGAUAUGGGAUCGGCGAUGCAGUAUUUGCAGGGGAAGGGUCUGUGUUUGAUGCCGAUCUCGCUAGCGACGGCGAUAUCCACCUCCACGUGUCACUCCAGGAAUCCGAUGAUGAACGGCGGCGGCCACGGCCACGGCCAGCACCCGGUGAUGGGAUCCAACGGCGAGGGGCCGUCGUCGCCGAGCAUGUCGGUGCUGACGGUGCAAUCCACGAGCAUGGGGAACGGCUCCGUCAAAGACGCGGCCUCCGUGUCGAAGCCGUGAAGAGAACACGGCGGCGCGUUGAGGAUUGACUUUAGAAAAUGAAAAGUUUUAAUGGAGUCAACUACUGGAGAAGUCUACGAAAAUAAGGCAUCUUUCAAUACGGCGCCGUAUUCUCGUGGACUUCGGCUACAACCCUAACCUAAGGCCAACCCUAAAAAGGCGAAGGCAAAGCCACCUCCCUCUGACAUCAAAAGCCUUCUCCUUUGCACCACAUCCCAAGAAAAAAAACUCUCUCUCUCUCUCUCUCUCUCUUUUUUUUGGUAAUGGGUUUAAUUAAAGCAAUUUUUGUUAAUUGCUUACUUAACCAACCAACCCCUCUUCGUAUUUUUAAAUUAAAUUGUGUUAUUCUACUUGACUGUAUGGUUUGUGCUUUCAAAUCAGUGAUGACUAAUUAAUUAGACAGAGUUGCUUACAAAUCAUAAUUCA